AUGAUUGUGGCUCGGGCUGCUGAUUCUGCAUUUGUCUUGUUCACCCGUCAUCUAGCCUUGUAUUUGAUGGAAACGCCUCGCGAUUGUAUCGGUCUUUCGGGUCUUUCUGUAUUUGUAGAGUCUAGCUUAAAAGAUCAUCCUGUUUUUGGAUACGAACAGCUGUUGAGUUGCAAGCCAUAUAUCAAGGACAGACUCAAGUUUUGGACACCUGAGCUAUGCAUAUCUAAUGCUGAUACCAUCGACUUUAUUGUUACUUUAGGUGGUGAUGGUACAGUUCUGUUUGCAUCUUGGCUUUUUCAAAAAGCUCAAGUUCCUCCAAUCAUUCCUUUCCACCUGGGAUCACUUGGAUUCCUCACUGUGUUUGAUAUUGCAGACAUUCGUCAUGUGUUGGAGCGUGUUAUUGGAUGUGUCGGUGAAGGUGUUCGAGUCAACAUGCGAAUGAGAUUAAACUGUGCAGUUUAUCGUCAUACAAAACUGGACAAGCCCAGCACGUGUACUGUAUCCGCAAGCACCCACAAGGUCUCGUCUACCAAUUCACACAGCUAUCCUAGCUCUCAUCAAGAGCAAUCCCAAUUCUUGGAGAUACAAACAGAUGACAUUGUUUCGACAGACACCAUUGGAUCUCCUUUGGAUCUUUUGUCUAAAAGUCUAAAAGCCACAUCUCUUUCUGAUCUUGUUACAUCUCAAAGUAUACCAGUACGACCUCAUGUAUAUGCUCAAAGUAAACCUACUGUUUCUGCAGUCGAGUCUCUUCCUUUGCAAGGUGAUGCUACAAAAGACUCGAUCCAUAACAUUAGUUGUAAUAAUGACUGUCACGAUGAUUCAACCAAAGUCCAUGAUACCCAUCACAACUCGACCAAAUCGCGUCAACCUUUUAAGCACUUACGCUCUGAUCAUAGCUGCAAUGCGCUGCAGCUUGAACCAGCUGUAUUGACAGAAACAUUUCAGAUUUUAAACGAUUUGGUGGUAGAUCGUGGACCAAGUGCUUACAUGAGUCAGCUAGAACUGUUUGUGGAUGAUAGACACUUGACAACGGCUCAGGCCGAUGGUCUUGUGCUUUCUACACCCACUGGAAGUACUGCAUACUCGGCAACAGGUGGGUCGUUGGUUCACCCAGAAGUUCCAUCGUUUCUCAUUACACCAAUUUGUGCACACUCAUUGUCGUUCCGUCCCAUGCUUCUUCCAGACUCAAUUGAACUCAAAGUUCAAGUGCCUUUGGAUUCCAGAAACACGGCAUGGGCUUCUUUUGAUGGCCGUCAUCGCAUCGAGCUCAAACAAGGUGACUACAUUGCUGUUACCAUGUCUCGGUGGCCGAUGCCAAGCGUAUGUAUGAAGGAUCAAUCCAGUGAUUGGUUUGAAAGUUUAAGGAGGUGUUUGCAUUGGAAUGAACGAACGCGCCAACGACCUUUAGAUGUGUCGGUGCUAGAGACUGCUGUACGGAUAAACACUGGAGAAUCGGUUGGAAGUCCAUCCUUGGAAACGCUUGCUACACAUUUGUUUGAAUAG